AUGACAGAAGAUAUUCAGGCUCCAGCCAGCAUGUCUGAAUACAAUCGGAACGUGCCCUCUGAAGAACCUCAGCUCCAGGUCAUUGAUAUUAUUGAUCAAAUAGCAAAUUCUGUUGAGAUAUUUCCUUAUGAGACUGCAGAGCCUAUUCCUGGUUUUCCACUUACACAAGAAAACCAAGGAGUCACAAAUUUAGUAGAGAGCACAGCAUAUGACGUUUCAGUUGGGAUAAAGGAAAAUCAAGGAAAGCCAGAAGGAAGCAAGGAGAAAAAAACUGAUGUCCCUUCCCAGGAAACAAGAGACUGGGAAGAAGAAUCUGGAGAAGGGUUGUGUGAGGAGGGUCAUCCUGUGAGCAACAUAGACCACGAAGUAGCUAAGCAGGAAGAAAGAACGACACAGCAACCUCAGAACGAAAAGAUCUACAGCACAAACAAGGCAGAGGAGGAACAGGAAGAGGUGCAGCUGAAUGAACCUGAGGAGCCAAUGAAAGAGGAAACACAAUUAGAAGGUAAUGAGACUGGGACAGAGGAAGUCUCAGAUGGCACAGAAGAAGGAAUGCAGAAGGAAAAUGAUGGGGAUGAACAUCGAAACAGGCUGGAGAACAACAGCAAAGAUGUCCAUCUUGCUAGUCCCAGCUGUACCUCUCAGACUGAGAAAUCUGAUGAGCAGCCAGGAUCAAUGAAACAAAAUGAUGUUUCCAGGCAUAGUUAUUCUCGAUACAAUACAAUAUCUUAUCGGAAGAUCCGGAAAGGAAACACUAAACAGAGAAUUGAUGAAUUUGAGUCCAUGAUGCAUUCAUAAAGUUGAGGCAGUGGAUUUGAUUGGCACACCUUUUUUCCUCAAUGACUCUCCUUUUUUCCUCAAUGCCAGACAUUUUUUCACCUGUAAUAUCAAGUUAUAAAAAUAUCUUUUGCGGCUUUGAUCCAAUCUAAAUGUAUGUGUAAUCUAAGGCUGUAAUCCUAUGCACCCUUUUUUAUGUGGGAGUUAGCCCCAUUUAUGACACUGAGAUUUACUUCCAAGUAACUAUGCAUAGGA